CUGGCGUGGGGCGCGCUGCUGGCGCUGGGCAUGCCGCGCCUGGCGCCCGCGCCCGCCCCCGCGCCCGCCGCGCGCGCGCUGCUGCACGCCGCCACGCCGCCCGCCACGCCGCCGCCCUCGUCCCCCGCGCCGCCGCCGCCCGCCCCGGACGCGCUCAGCGACGCCGAGCUUCGCGCGGACGCGGCGCGCCGCCUGCCGUCGCUGCCUCUAGACUACCUGCAGCGCGCCGCCGGCCUCAAGAACAAGUUCUACAAGACGCGCAACUGCGCGCCGCUGCCGUCGCUGUACGACCUGCAGUUCCACGACACGUACUGGCAGACCAUGCGCGCCGACAACGACACCGCCUUCCACCUGUUCGGCGCGUACCUGGACGACCGCAACACGUCGCGCAUCGGGCCCGCCGUGCGCCUGCUGGCCGUGCACGACCGCCUCCGCCCCGCGCUCAAGACGCACUGCCAGAUCUGGUUCGAGGAGCAGGCGGCGCCCGUCAUCGUGCGCGUGCUCGAGUACAAGUACAUCUGGAACAGCAAGUGGGGCAACUACCGCGACGGGCUGUGGCAGCCCUACCUGCUGGCGUGCGUGCUGCCGGCCGGAGUGCGGCACCUGCGGCCCGCCGCCGUGUCGCUGGUGCGCGAGGCGUGCGACGCGGCCAGCAACCUGCUGCGCGUGCAGGGCGGCGCCGCGCCCGGCCCGCCCGAGGACCUCGCCGUGUGCGUGAAGGGGCUCGACUUCCUGCACGAGGACCUGUCGCUGCGGCUGGUGGAGUGGCUGGAGCUGGUGCUGCUGCUGGGCGCGCGCGCCGUGCACAUGUACCAGCUGCAGGCGCACGCCAACGUGCAGCGCGUGCUGGCGCACUACCAGGCGCGCGGGCUGCUCACGCUCACGCCGCUCACGCUGCCCGGCGGCAUGCCCAACCUGCCCGCGCUGCAGCACAUCUACCUCAAGAAGAAGACCAACAACAAGCGCCAGAUGGAGCUGAUCCCGUACAACGACUGCCUGUACCGGCACCAGGGCCGCUACCGCUGGCUGGCGCUGCUGGACGUGGACGAGGUGAUCGUGCCGGCGGAGGACGCGGACUGGCCCGCGCUGCUGCGGCGCGCCCUCCCGCUGGCCGCGCCCGCCCCCGGCAAGCCGCCGCGCUCCGCCUACUACGCGUCCAACCUGUACUACCUGGACUCGCUGCAGCAGGAGCAGGGCGGCGGCCCGGAGCCCGGCGUGCCCGCGCACCUGCACAUGCUGUCGCACGUGUGGCGCACGCGCAACUUCACGCGCCCCGGCCAGUACGUGAAGGCGUUCCACGACACGCAGCGCGUGCUCACGCUGCACAACCACUUCCCGCUGGCGUGCCUGGGCGGCGCGUGCAGCAACUACCCGCUGCCCACGGCGCUGGCGCGGCUGCAGCACUACCGCGCGGACUGCGUGCGCUCGCUGUCGGCCUCGUGCGCCGCGCUGCGCGACCAGCCCGUGCGCGACACCACGCUGUGGCGCUGGCGGGACGCGCUGGCCGGCCGCGUGGACGCCGCCCUGCGCGCGCUGCGCCUGGGCCCGCACGCCCCGCCCCCCGCGCCCGCCGACCCGCUGCGGUAACACAUGCUCAUACGCUUAGUCAUAGAAUUCCUAUUCAAGUAUUAAAUUUAUUUUUAUAGUUAA